UUUAUGUGGAAAACCUAUUCUCUAGCUAAUGCUGAGGAUGUGCUGCAACUUUAUAUUUCAUUGAUGUUUGUAUGACUCAUGUACAUUUUCAUAAUAUUGCAUAAUUAUUGCAACAUACUUUUAUCUUAUAAAAUUUUCUCACACUGAAAGCAACAGUACCACCCAUCCCAUGUGGGCAGCAGCAUCUCAUUUGACUAUUAUUUUAUUGUGUACUAUUGUUUUCACACAGAAGGUUAUAAGCGGCAUUUGGGUCCCUCUGACAAGCCAAGAGCUUCUGCUGCCAGGACAUAUAACAGACCCUCGCAGUACAGAAUGUUUCAGUGUAGAAUACCUCAGGAAGGAACAGUAUUACCUGUCCUAUUGACACUCCUCAAAAAUGCCAUCAUCUGUAUGUAUUCAUGUUUGGAGGCUCUGGUAAAACUUUUUAUUCCAAAGAACAGGAAGUCUGUCUAUGGAGAAAUUGUUCUCAUCACUGGUGCUGGACAUGGACUCGGCAGAGCAACAGCUUAUGAGUUUGCCAAACGCCAAAGUGUGCUGGUCCUUUGGGAUAUCAAUAAGCAAGGUGUGGAAGAGACAGCUGAGGAAUGCAGAAAGUUGGGUGCUAUUGCACAUGCAUUGGUGGUGAACUGCAAGAACAGGGAGGAAAUCUAUACAGUUGCAGACAAGGUGAAAAAAGAUAUUGGAGAUGUUAGCAUCUUGGUGAAUAAUGCUGGAGUGAUAACCACAGCUAAACUACUUUCAACAAAAGAUGAGCAGAUUCAAGAAAUGUUUGAUGUCAAUGUUCUUGCACAUUACUGGACAACCAAAGCAUUUCUACCAGCAAUGAUUAAAAAUAAUCACGGCCAUAUUGUCACAGUUGCUUCUAUUUCUGGACAUAUUGGUAUUCCAUUCACAGUGACUUACACGUCAAGCAAGUUUGCUGCUGUUGGGUUCCACAAUGGUCUGAAAGAAGAGCUACGGUUUUUGAGAAAAGAUGGGAUCCAGAUGACAUGCCUGUGUCCCUCUAUUAUCAAUACUGGGUUUUUAAAGAUUAGCAAAACACUAAUACUUCCUGUGUUAAAGGCUGAGGACACAGCCAAAGAUUUGAUGGAAGGAAUACUUACGAAUCAGAAAAUUGUUUUCUCUCCACCUUGGGCAAAGAUAAUUGUAGUUUCUUCAAAGUUUCUGCCGGAACGUGCUUGCAAUGCCAUUCUGGAUACGGAAAAAAGCAACUAUCAUAAGCUGUUACAAUGAACAAAAUACUAGUUAAUUCCACACAUUACUUGACAACAACAUACAGUAUAUGAUUUUCCAAUUUCACCUUUUCUUUCUAUGAACUAAUUCAUUUUUAUUUCAAAGUUACAAUUUUUCAGUGAACAAGAUGACAAUCUCAUGGGUUUGCUGUUUCUGUAUUAAAACAGUAUUAUAUGGACAGAAUUGAAAGAAUUUAAAGAUUUCUACAAGAGAAGAAUGGUUCUUGAAACUAAAUGACCUAGCAGAAAUGGUUUUUAGUUAGAUGAAAGAAAAAUCAUUGUGUUUUUAAAUAUAUUCUAACCUGUUAAUAAGAAAGAAGAAAAUGAUUUAACAACUGUAGAUUUUGAGAAUUAAUAUCAGUUGUCUAUCAGAAGAAUUGUAGCAUGUAAUUUGCUAGAGAGUAGGGGUGAAGUGUUCAGAGUCAGCAAUAUAUACAGAUGAGAAGAUUGGCAGACAUGCUUAAGAAAAGAAUGGCCUUUUAGGGAUCAUAACCCUUUUAAGGAGAGCCAAAAAACCUGUUUGAGUAAAAUCUUCUCAAGUGGUAUACAAUCAAAUGUAAAUAUGCAAGGCAAUUGGCUUCAGGUGUUAGACUGAAUAAUCUUUUGCCUCUGAUCUGUUAGGAAACAGAGAAUAUGCCAGUGCAUAAAAAAUAGCAGUUCUUCAGAAGUGUUUUUUAGUGUCCAAAAAUAUAUCUACUCUCCCAUAAAACAACUUGCUUAUAUUAUGCACUCAUGAAACAAAAUAAAGUAGACUUUGGUAAAAAAUA